AUGACCGUUCUUCAUUGUGAUGGAUCCUUAACGGCUGAUAGGGCCUCCUAUGGUGGGAUAAUUCAUGAUGCUACAGGUGCAGCCAUUAUGGCUUUUGUGGGUAAUGGAGACGAUAAUUCUGUUCUUGGCAUAGAGCUUUAUGCAAUUUUCAGGGGGGUUUCUCUUUGUGUUAAAAACAGCCAGCUUCAGGUUUCCAUAAGAUCUGAUUCCAAGCUUGCAGUGGAUAUUCUGAAUGAGGUAGUGAGCUGCCCUUGGAAUAUGCAAACUUUGAGGGAUCAUAUUUCUUCUAUCUUCCAGCAUCUACAAUGUAAGGAAAUCAAACAUGUUUGGAGGGAGAUCAAUCAGCCAGCAGACUUUAUUGCUUCUAUGGAUAUUGGAGAUGGGGAAGUUAUUAUUUAUCCACCGGACUUCCCACAGGAAUUGGUGGAGUUGUUAACAAAUGACUAUGACAGGAAAGUCUAA